AGCUUAGUGUAAUUAACGUAAUUUGAAUGUACUUUAAAUAUCUUAGGACUUUAACUGAAAAGUUCAAAACCCAUCCAACUUAUUCAACAAACAUGAAUAUUGUGGAACAAUUACAAAACAAAUUAAAUAUUGGAAAAUAUGAAGAAGUCGUUAAAUUUUUACAAAAUGAAAAAUUUGACAUGCAGCUAAAUGAAAAUUGUAUGGAUAUCGUUUUAAUGCUAGUAGUAAAUAUAAAUGAGAACACAUUACGGAACAACAAUAUGUUAUACACAACUUGUGAGAACUUACUUAAACUCGUUGCUAGUAAAUGUAGCCCGCAGGAAGUCCUUCUAGUUUUACUAGAGCGAAUAGAGUAUGCAAAACAUGACGAUGUUUUCACUAGCCAACUAAAAGUACUACAAGUUGUUUUAAUGCGACUUAAUGAAAGCAAAGUUAAAUCAUUAGAGUGGAGUCUGAACUCGGUGUUAUUCUACAUUAAAAAUAUCAGUUUGCCGCCAUACAUAAUCAGUAUCGAGGAGGAUGAAGAAAAUCUGCUAGAAUCGGAUGAAAAAGUGCAACGUUUAUUACAGCUUUACAUGACUGUUUUAUUAUUCUUGCAACCAAUUGUCGAAGAUUUGAGGACACGCCAUCGGGGAUCAUUUCAUAACAAUACAACAACAAAGUUAAACGUUAUAAUCUGUUUUAUUCUUCAACUUAUGGGAGAACCACUCAUUUUGCUCAAUGCUCGGAAUUAUGACAAAACCGACGAUGCAACCUUGGAUCACGUUAAAAGUUAUACUCGCCAAGUGGUCGAAGAUCUAGUGUUACUGCUAUCAAAAGUACUUGGCGAUUCAUUUUAUUUACUGCGGUACGGCGAACAAAGGAUUCGUUGGCCCAAAAAAAUAAGAUCAAAUUUAAACGGUGUAUUACAUGAAUUUUCGAAAGACAUCUUUAUGGAUGAAGAAAAGUGUCCUUUAUUAUCACUGGCAAUGCUUUGUUAUUUAGUAGUAGGAGAAUGCUGCCCUCCAACAAUACCAGCAGUCUAUUCACCGAAUUAUGUUUUCGAAGUAUGUUUAUAUCAUUGUGUUCAACUCAUAAAACAUGAGAAGCCAGCAGUACAUUAUAAGGGAAUUGUGAUAGUCAAAAAUAUGCUCCGAACUGUUCAGUUGAAAGCAGAUGAUUUAGAUCUAAAAAUUCAUCAAUGUUUCUGCACAAAUCUGACGCAAAUAAUUGUGUAUUCCAAAAUUGAACGGAAUCGAAAAGAAGGCACAUUUGUACUGCGAGAUUAUAUACACAGAUUUGACAAAAAGGGACGAUAUAUGCUAAUAGCGAAUCUCCUCAAGACUGUCCAUCAUAACGGAUUACAUUCGUUCAUUGCAACACUUUAUAAAGAUUUUGUGCAUAGCGAACUGCUUUCGAGCUCUAUUCCUAGUUCCUGGUAUUCCGGCAAAUCCUUAAAACGAUUAAUAAUGAAAGAGAUAUGUGUACUUAAAAAUGGAAUCGAAACGGAUUUGAUGGAAAACUCUGAUAGUAUUAUAGCAGGCCUAAAUAUUUUGCGCUACCUUUUGAUCAGAGAUAAGUCCAAUAGGACUUCUAUAUGGUGUUAUCUAACGGAUGUUGAAAUGAAUUUUCUCAAACCGUUAAGAAAGGCAAUUGAUCUAACGAGAGCUCAUUUUAAGCAAGAAAGUUUUGCUGUAGCACAAGGGCAAAAGAACCAGGAUAAUGAUAUCGAUAUGACUGUUCAAAUUAUUAAUGGGGAUAAAUUUCCAGAGAUUACUCAGGAUAAAAAAUUGGAGAUAUUAACAAGGGCAUUAAAUAAUUUUGAUUUAAUGGAUAGUUUACUAGCUAGAGUUUUCGAGUGUAUAGAAAUGAAUAGAACCGAACAAUCUAUACAAUGUACAUAAUGCCUUGAGGUUAUUUGAAAUAAAUUUCAGAA